UGGUUGUCAUGUGUUUCUAAAUUUUAGUUUCAUUUUUGACCAGACAGUGAGAGCUCGAGCCGCAGCGGUCUGACGUUGGGGCUGGCUGUGAUGAAGUGGAAUAUUUGUUGAAGAUGGCAGAAGAAGACCUAAAUUAUGUGACAGUCAAGUUCAAGUCUCACAACAGGCCCAGUGAUGAAGUUAUCUAUGAAGACGUGAGGGGCAGCUUGGAGACGUGGGGACCACAUCUCAACGUACAAGAGAAGCACAGCGACUUUGAGGAGGUCUAUGACGACGUCUGGACAAAGGAGAAGGCGUCCGGUCCACGUCACAUCUGUCAUGACAAUUUGGGGAAGGUUUCCCUUCACACGUCCAUCAAGAUGGCAUCAGCCGGCCUGGGCAUCAUCUGCAUCAUCCUCAUGUCCGUCAUCAUCACCCUCGCCCUCCACAUAAACGACGUCGUGGCGGAGCGGCGGCAAGAGAACGCCAACCUGACCGAUGAGAACCAGCAGCUAUUUGCCCAGGUCUCCCAGCUGCGGGGGCGAGUGAAGGAGCUGGCCAGAGAGCGUGACAGUCUCAACUGGACCAUGGGAGUCAUCUUAAAGUAUGACAGUUUCCCAGUGAAGAAACACUGCUCGGAAAAAGUUUUAACAUUGUGUGAGCCCUGCAUGCAAGGAUGGCUGUGGUUCCGCUCCAAGUGUUAUCUCUUCCUCGACACACCAUAUUACCAAGGUUGGAAAACUUGGAAGGGAAGUGUUGAAGCCUGCAGGGAGAUGGAUGCAGACCUGGUGGGGAUUGACUCCCAGGAAGAACAGGAGUUCGUCACAAACCACACAAAGUUUUACAACGACAACAGGCACGGUUACUGGAUGGGCCUGAGGAAGGAUGACAACACGGACCAAUGGAUGUGGCACCAUGGAGGAAACCUCACGGUGACGUUCUGGAGAACACAAUACUACAGCAGAACCAAUUGUGCAUUGAUUCUGCCGUCUGAUUCGCUGGCUAACUGGAGCAAAGAGAGCUGCGAGAUGAAGAACCGUUACGUUUGCCAAACGAGUGCCUUGUUCAAACCAGAUUUGGAAUAAAUGCAUCUUGGAAGGCAGUAGUCGAUUAGCCCGCAAGUAGUUUACUAGAAUACCAAAGUAUCUAAUUGUAGCUCAGUCUCCACUGUGUGACGUCAUGGAUAAAAUCUAAAACCCCUACAAAUAUUCAAACUGACAACGUAGUUGCAUAUUUAUUAUUAUGACGGUGUUAAACUGCAUCAAAUGAGUUGAAUUCUCCUCUGGUCAAUUCAAAAGGUUGUUGCACAACAUGGAAAAUAAAUGGUGUGUUGCAACAGCUGUGCACGUCGUCAUCAACGAUCGACCUUUAACCUCUUAUAUCCCAAUUGUAACUCAGUCCAUGAUGUAGUGUUCCGUAGCAAUUAAUCAUCUCCACUAACAGUGUUAGUAAAACGACAGGAUUUUGAGUUUUUUAGGGAUUCGUGCAGUUUCCAACUUCCUCUAUUUCAUGGUUGUGUACUGUGUAGAUGUACUUUCCGAGAAGUUGUAAGUUGUGUAAUCCUUGAUAUGUGGUCAGUUGUGCAAUUUUUUUUUUCCAGCAGCAAGGGUGCCUUGCCUUGAUUUAAUCAAUUUUAGAUGGAAAAUACCUUUUUUUUUUUUAUACUUACAGUAAUUUAUUUGUGGUGACCCGCCACAAAUACAUUUGGCACUGCUCGCCUUAGCUUGUAGCUUAGUGAUGAGUCAGCUCAAAUUAGUGUGACUUAAAUUUUGUUUCAAUAACUUUUUCACAAAAAUGUUCAGCUUUUUUUUUUGACACUGAAUUUAUGUAACUGAUUUUUUUGCGUUUGAAUUUUGUGAACUGCCUGCGACCCCAAGAGGGACAAGCGGUAGGAAAUGGAUGGAAGGAUUGUGAACUGAAUUUCUUUUACAUUAAGUAAUGCUGACAAUUUCAUUGAAAAAAAAUCAAGUAUGUAAAAAAAUUUGAUGGAUGGAUGGCAAUUCAGUGUAUUACAACUCAGCGUAUAAAAGUUCAGGGCUAAAAAAUGUACUGUUUUAAAAAGCAAGAUUUCUGGUAAAUUAAGUCAAUCCUGUCUCAGAGCAAGCCAAUAAGGUAUUAGGUUUGAAGUCACGUGACACAGGUCUUACAAAACAGCAUAAAAAUGGCAGUUACUUGAUCAUAAUACAACAUAAUUAACAUUGCAAUGCGGUUCACCGGACAUUUUCAAACUAUUGAAAAGAUUCCAAUGUUUAUAAUCUGCACUUUUGAGUGACAUUUUAAGCUCUGCUUCAUGCAGAUUUCUACAACAAAGUUCUGAAAAACAGGGACAUUUUAUCGAAUGUGUGGAUGCUUUUUUUUUACCCUUUUCGUUCAUUUUUCACAGUGUUUGUUACAUCCUCGUUGCUCUCGCUCGAUUAAAAAAGAUGUCGAUCAAAGUAGUCUGGGAAGCAGAGGAGCAACGGUCAUGUAUUCAGUGUUUUAUUGUUGAUAGUCAAUAUUGUGAAUACCACAUUCUAUAUUUUUAUGUACAUUCUGACUCAUAUAAUUUAGUUAAAAAAAAACUUUGAGAGGGUCUGUUUAGUUUUCUAUUCAAAAAGACUCAGAUUGUACAUGAAAUUACAGAAUGCAGGCAAAACGAUACAAAUAUAUCAAUUUAUUCUAUAUAAAUCCCUGUUCUGCAGAACUUUGUAGAAAUAUACCUCCGUCUGACAAUCGCGAUUGCGGGGUCUCAGGCUUGUUGCUGCUACGCCCACUCUGCCCCACUCUGUGCAUGGUCUGCAUGAAGCAGAGCUUCCUGUGAUUACUGUAGUAACCCGCAUGUCACUCAAAAGUGCAGAUUCUAACCAUUGGAACCAUUUCUAGUUUCAAAUUAUCCAGCGGGAUGCAUUUAAAAGUUAUUUUGUAUUAUGACCAGCUAGCAGCCAUUUUAUGCUGUUUAGCAAGACCCAUGUCACCUGACUUCAAAUUUGACACCUCAUUGGAUGGUUCUGAGACAGGAUCGAUUGCUUCGGUCAUAAUUUACCGGAAGUGAAUGUUGCUUUUUUAAGCAGCAAAUAUUUCGACAUCCUUUUUGACAGCAAGUGACAAAGAAAACAAACACACAGACAUGACAAUUUAGUCGUUUAUGGUUCAGUUGAUUGUCGGCCCAGGCCUGAUUAAAAGUGUGGUAACAAAG